AUGACGGAUCUCUCCUUUCUGGCCUACCUGUACGAUGGGUAUACUGCCAAUCCGGAUGAUCUGGAGGAGGGUUUGUUCAAAGGCAAAAUACUCAUUCAGGGAUAUAAAGCCGUGUUCACGUCACCUUCCUCAGCAAAGGACGUCGAAGGUGAUGGGGAUGGAGCAGAUAUCAUCCAGAACAACAGAUGCACCAGGAAGUCUUUCAAUGGAGCUAAGGUCAAAAAACAUGUAGCGCAGAUCAUCAAUAUGAAAAAGGUCACUCCUCGCUCAAUCGCAUACAUCGCGCCCCCUGGUCGAGAUGUGCAGCGCAGGGUCAACAAGCUUCUCGAGUGGUGGAGUAGGAAGGUUUUUGGACGGAGCCACCGUAACGACAUCAGCGAUGUGGCAAAGGCCAGGAUGUCUGUCAAUGCCCUCGCAAUGCAGAGGGCACAAUGUGAUGAUGCGGCCUUUGACUCGGCCUAG